CGAAACGAGGAAAAUGACUCCGCGGAGGAAGGAGGAUGAAGAAUCGCUUCCCAUUUAGCACACUUCGCUUGUAGAAGUCAUCAAAUUCUUUCACUCAAAACCCCUUUUAUUAUCCGACUCCCCUCAACAAAAAUUUCAACUCCUCAUUUCGUUUCUCAUCCUAUUCCGUCAAAAUCCUUCAAAUCUCACUAUCAACCCAUCAAUUCCUAGAAACCCACUUGUCAUCUCCUCAUAAUUUCCUUCCUCCAUUAAAAUUCCUUCAUAAAACCUUCAUUCCAUCUUCCAACCCCUCAACCACUGGGAAACAUGGCCGCCGCAUCCCCAUCAUGGCUCAACACCGGCGACAAUUCCUGGCAAAUUACAGCCUCCACUCUCGUAGGACUUCAGAGCAUGCCUGGACUUGUGAUUCUCUAUGCCAGCAUCGUCAAAAAGAAAUGGGCUGUCAAUUCUGCGUUUAUGGCUCUUUACGCCUUCGCCGCCGUUCUAAUUUGUUGGGUCAUCGUCGGUUACAGAAUGGCCUUCGGCGACCAGUUGAUUCCUUUUUGGGGUAAAGGAAUUCCAGCUCUGUCCCAAAAUUACCUAAUAGCGCAAGGCAAUAUCCCUGAGAGUGGCGCUAACGAUGGAAAUGGAACGCCCAGAAUUCAACCCAAUGUUCCCAUGGCUUCACUUGUGUAUUUUCAAUUUACUUUUGCUGCGAUUACUGUGAUUUUACUUGGUGGGUCUGUUCUUGCAAGAAUGAACAUCAAAGCUUGGAUGGCCUUUGUUCCUCUUUGGGUAAUUUUCUCAUACACCGUUGGGGCAUACAGUGUUUGGGGCGGUGGGUUUCUGUUUCAGUGGGGAGUAAUUGAUUACUCCGGUGGGUAUGUAAUUCAUCUUUCGUCUGGAAUUGCUGGGUUAACAGCAGCUUAUUGGGUAGGGCCGAGGAUAAAAAGUGACAGAGAGAGGUUUCCGCCGAAUAACGUGUUGCUGAUGUUGGCCGGAGCAGGGCUAUUGUGGAUGGGGUGGUCGGGUUUUAACGGGGGAGCACCGCACUCGGCGAACGUGGUGGCGUCGAUAGCGGUGCUGAAUACGAACGUGAGUGCGGCGACGAGCUUGUUGGUUUGGACCAUUUUGGAUGUGUUCUACUUUGGGAAGCCAUCGGUGAUUGGAGCCAUUCAGGGUAUGAUGACUGGCUUGGCUUGCGUUACACCUGGCGCCGGAGUUGUGCAGACGUGGGCGGCUAUCAUAAUGGGAAUUCUAGCCGGAAGUAUUCCAUGGCUAUCCAUGAUGGUCCUUCAUAAGAGAUUGAGUUUCUUGCAAAAGGCUGAUGACACGCUUGGCGUAUUUCACACGCACGCGGUGGCAGGAUUAAUGGGCGGGCUUCUAACUGGGCUUUUAGCCGAGCCCACUCUUUGCGAUCUUUACCUACCGAUCACCGGCACGCGCGGCGCCUUUUACGGCAGAAACGGCGGCGUUCAGUUCCUCAAACAACUGGCCGGAUCCACCUUCGUCAUAGGCUGGAACAUAGUCUCGACCACCGUAAUACUCCUCUUUAUUCGCCUGUUCAUGCCCUUAAGAAUGCCCGAAGAGGAACUCAUGAUCGGCGACGACGCCGUCCACGGCGAGGAGGCUUACGCUCUUUGGGGCGACGGCGAGAAAUUUGAUCCAAGAAGGCACGGGAAUGCGGCGGCCAAUAUGGAAGAAGGAACUGGAUCGCCUUAUAUAAAUGGUGCUAGAGGAGUGAUCAUCGAAUUGUAAAACAUUUUAAAAACUUCUUUUGGUUUCAUUCAAAUUUGUGUAUGUCUUCAUGUAUUAUAAUAGUGAGUGUUUCAGAAUUUUUGGGUGAGUA